GAUGAGCGACCAGCGAGCGAGAGGACCGAGCUGGCAACUUCCCUAGUGCUGUUGCUAACAGGUGAUCAGAAGAAAAUGAAGGGGUUGGCGAUUGGUCGUUAUAGUUCAACCAACCACCACUACAGUUUAGUUCGACUUCGACUUCAGUCGUUACUGAGACUUCGAGUGUAGACGAUUUCCUUCCUGCAGUAGGCGACUUCAGGCCGUGUGUAGUGUGUCUUGGAUACCAAGCGCGCUUUUCAUCAACCAUGACUGAGAAAUUCCCCUACACGUUGGAAACGCCAACGGAGGAAGAAAAUGACCUGAUCAAGAAGGAAUUCACUGGAUACUUGUCCGGUGCAGUUCGAGUCCAGCCCACAGGAUACUUCUUCCAAGGCAUCUACCGUGAUUACGCGGAGCCUAUAUACACUUUCUCCGUGAAGAAAACGGACGUUUUUGUGGCCAGCUAUCCGAAGUGUGGUACUACAUGGACUGAAGAAAUGGUGUGGCUUUUGAUGCAUGAAUUCGAUUACGAAGGAGCCAAAGUCGAACUGGAUUCGAGAUUUCCAUUCUAGAGUAAGGCAGACCACGUGCUUGACCCUGGGGUAUUCAAGAUGCCCGGAAUUUGCGAAAAAUUGACCUUUCCUCCGCCUGAGCCUGGUCACUACUUGGCGGCAGCGGCUAAUGCGUCUAGCCCGAGGACAAUUAAGACUCACAUGCCGUUUUCACUCCUUCCUCCGAGCCUACUAGAUACUUGCAAAGUUGUUUACGUAGCAAGAGAUCCACGAGAUGUGGUCGUGUCAUAUUACCACCAUCAUCGAAUGUGGGCGACGCAUGGCUAUCGAGGGGACUUCAAGAAAUUCUUCGACUUCUUCGUGAAUGAGCAAGUUAUGUGGUCGCCGUUCUGGAGCCACAUAAGAGAAGCCUGGGAGAGGCGCCAGCAUCCUAAUCUCCUGUUCAUAACUUACGAACAACUGAAAGCUGAUCUCUCAUCAGUCAUAAAGAAGGUUGCCAGGUUUUUGGGAAAGGAGAUAACGUGUGAGCAGCUUGAGAAACUGUCAUCUCACCUGCAUAUAGACUCGAUGAAAAAUAACCCGGCCGUAAACUGUAUCAAUGAUGCUGCUAUAGGACUAUUAGACGUAACUGAAGGUGGCUUUAUAAGAAAAGGUAAGUCUGGGGGAUGGCGAGAUUACUUUGACGCGGAAAUGACAGAGAGAUUCGCCAAAUGGACGAAGGAUAAGGGCUGUGGACUGGAGAAGGAAUUCAACUGGGUCUGAGGAACAGAUAAUUAGAUGAUUUAAAAUAUGGUUUAAAAUAUGGAUUGAUUUUUUGUUUCACAUGAACACAGCAUGAUAAAGCAAUUAUCUUUUUAUAUGAAUAUAGGAUUACAGUACGACUUAAUUAUCGUGUGCAUUUAGCGUAUACUUCUACAUCGUAUAUUUGUAGUGCAUUUUUCUAAUGAUGAAAAGUGCAAUGAGAAGGACUAAAUGAAUCAAUGUAAUUAAAAUAAAGCUCAUGGUGAUGGGAAUGGAAACAGAGAAAAAUCGUAAAAAAAUGACCUUGGGGAUGCUACUUGAGAGAUGUAGCGGUAAAUGUAAUUCCACGUACCAAAUGUAACUGAUCUUGGAUACCACAGAAGUUUCCCCGGUUUGCAAAGUGUAUGAGUAGGCAUAAGUAAGGUAUUUCAUAUGCUAUAAAUGUAGCCUACCACCAUAGAAAGGAUUGACGUGAACUUUCAUAGGUGUUUGACAACAAAAAUGUUUAAAUCCAUUGCGCAAGUGGAUUGGGAAGUCUUCAAAUGAGGAAGUUGCACUGUUGCAGAGAUGUGGCCUGGUCGGCAGGCUGGAGGAUAGACUGCAGUUAGUGACUAUAUAACAGUGUGCCCUUUUGCAGGCAAAAUUAGGCUAUGCUAUGUGUAUGGAGACCGGUAGUUGCUCUGAGUUAUCUAGACCUGCUUCUUAGGUGGAAACACCUACUUGAAUGGGAAUGUAAGCUAGCACAGUUAACUGAGGCAAUUUUAGCCUCUUCCUGGGAAGAGUUCGAAUCUCGUUCUGUCCAUCUAGUGUCCACAACAACAUCCAUUUUGGGAGGUGGAAGAUACCCCAGUCUUGUCUGCCAGAGGCUGAACACCUUCCCCGGGGGUAACAUUAUUUUGUCAUCAAGCUUAUGCUUUUCUGAGUUUUCAACGAGAAACUAUUAAUCGCCAGGUGAUGGGUCCAGGAGCGCAGCGGUAUUUUUCCUAUCCUUCAAUUACUAAAAUUGUAUAUAAUACUUACCUAAAUUAUUCAUUUAAACUUCAUUCAGUGCUUAGUAAUAUAUAUGUGUAUAUAUACGAUUUAUAAAUUUGGAAACAUUAAAAAAUACUUUUUU